GCGACUUUCACUUUCCACUGAGCACCUGCUGUAUAAAUGCGUCCCGCGGAGCGGCACGCAGCAUCACACCUGCAAACAAGAGUCAAGGAUGAAGCCUCAAGUUGUGGUUGUCGCUCUUCUGCUCCUCCUGGCACUGGUCUGCCGUCAGCCAGCAGCGGGUGAGAAGCUGAUAAGCUGCUGUCUGGACACCAGCACCAAGUGCUUCCCUCGCCAAAUCGUGGUCGGCUAUUACCACCAGGAAGCCGGCAAGGGAUGCCGACACAGUGCCACCGUUUUUAUAUCCAAAGCUGGCAAAAGACUGUGUGCCCCGGCGCUUCAUAAGAGCAAGUGCGUUCAAGAGCUGGUUGCCUUCCUGGACAAAAGAAGCAAGAGCAAAAAGCAAUAAGACGUACAAGAGA